UAGUGGGCGGCUCUGCAGACUACCUACAAGUUUGUAAACUUUACUUCUAGAAGCGGUGUUGUGCUGGGUGAUAAUCAUGAAUAUUUGGAUAGUACUUUCGUUGUGUAUCGUGGCUGUGUUGUCGGCUGAUGAAGGACCUUGCUUUGAGUUCAAUGGAAAUAAUUCUUAUCUGGAGUUCGUACCCGACAACUUCGAUCUGAUUGACAGUGCUCACUACAAACUGAGCUUCAUGACCACCCAGGAAAACGGCAUCAUCCUCUUCGCCCGCGGCUCCCACGACUACGAGGCACUAUACGUCCGCGACGGCAAGCUCAACUACGACCUCUUCAACCCCACGUCCAAUGGCGCUGGCGGGACUUUCGGGAUACACUUUGAGAGCAAUGGACCCGUCAACACCAACGACUGGUUCUCGGUGGAGGUGUUCCGCAACAGACGUGUCCGGCGUGGUGAGGCCAGGAUGACUGGACAAGAGUCCCCGCUCAUGUCCGGCCUCGUUCUGACGCACAAUGGCGUGGAGGAAGAGCACGUGCGAGAGGUCACGCUGGAAGGGGUUCACAUCCAAGGUCUCGUGUAUGUCGGCGGCGCUGGACGAGAGCUGAGCUCGAGAGUCCGAGAGUUUAAAGGGAAGAUCGAGAACAUUUGGGAGUUGAAGAAUGGCAUGCGGUUCGAGGACCCAUCCCGUAAUAGUGGAGUGACUCGUUGCUUUCCGCAAAGAGGCUCGGCAUGAGGCGUCGCUGAUAAUGCACUGUGUGGAGUUUGUAAUGCCUGGUUGGCGUGUUUGAAUCUAUUAUGUUACUCUAGCUUCAGAAACCUUUCUUUAAAAGACCGGAACUGUACAUCAGUCACAGGCUGCCGGCUAUUGAUAUUUCCGAAAAGCCCCCAAACAACCAUGUUAAAUCGGCCAGGCGGACAUACAAUCACACAGAAUAUUAUUUCAAAAGCAACAUAUAGCCUGUGUCACUGUACACAAAUAUAUUUAGUUCGUGUUCGUUGUAACAUGUGCAGCUGUUUAUCGAAUAGACGUUGUCAUCAGUUAUGUCCAGAAUACCGAAUGUCCGGAUUGACGAGGUCCACUCUAAGGAGGUUUCACUUAUUUAUGACAGUCAACAAUAUGUUUUGUGUUCUGAUGUUAGUUAGAUGUUUGGUCUUUAAUCUCUUGCCCUGAGUCAAGUUUCCUAGUUGCCUUAGGCAAGUUUCGUCUUAAUACGAGAACCCGAUAAUUCAAGGGAGGCCACUCUGUACAAAUUAAUGGCUCAAAGAAACACAUAACGGCGAUUGCAGUUAGUACCGAUUUUUCUCUUCUUCAAAUACCCACUUAGAUCAAUAAUAGAUGAAUCCACAAUAUUGGGAAUCAGAUUAUAAUGAUUAUGUGCAUUUAUUUAUAACUUGUCAGAAAGUAUGUUAAUAUUGAAUAAUAUGAUAUUGAUAUAUAUUUUAUCAAUCGUCUAACUGAGACCAACAAAACAUGUUUUGGAAACCGUUUCUUUCUUUGUUUCGAAUACAUUUUUUCCUUUUUAAACUAUACGGAAACAGAAAUAUUAAAUGAGCAAAUACAUUAUCAUUGAAGGCAGUAGACAAGUUAUAUUUAAGUGGGCAGUUGAAAGUAUUUUAUGAACCCUUCUUUUGCUUUCACUGCCCGAGCGAUGCCUCGGGCCUCCAUUUCUAGUGAUAAGAAUGGAAUCUGUUAGGGGGUAUGUUUUAUCAAAUCUUUCAAACUGUUACUGACCAAAGGAACGAAUAUGUUUCCUAUUAUUAUUAUUACAAGCAUUACAUCCCAACAUUUAAUCUGUCUGAAAUCUUUCAGCUGUUCCUCGCAGCAUUCUUUAGAACGGUUGACCCCGGUCACUGCCUUUUGAUGUCAAGCCCUUUUCCGUCUCUACUCGGGUUGUUCCG